AGUACCAUUUUGAAGAUGGGAGAUGAACGGACAAGUACCCCAAACUCUGCCGAGACCAAGCCGGAGACUUCGCCGGGGACGUCAUCACCACCGGACUUCGAGUUUGGAUCAUUGACUCCCUCUUCUCCAUCGCAAGACCCUUUCUCGGAAAAUUCUCCCGCCGAUCAUCUUUUCCUCAACGGCCGUCUUUUACCUCAUUUUUUCCCGACGAGCACGACGACGACACGUUCAGUGUCACGUACCACCAGCGAAAACACUUUCCGUAGCAACAGUUCGAGCAGCAGAAGCAGUGUUAGUAGCAGCCCGACGUCUUACAGUACUCCAAGAACAAGCACUUGCAAUAUCUUCAAGAUCACGAGUUCAUCAAGUGAAAUGGAAAAGACUAAGUUAACAUGUUUCAGUCCUCGGUCCGAGAACGAGGAGAUAAUGAGCCUAAGUUCCGGAAUCAGCCGUAGGAGCAAAGAAUAUUAUCAAGAUCGUCACAAGUCAUCGUUAAUAUUGGAUUUAAAGAAGAAACCACCGACGAGGAACAAUGGUAAAAGCGUAAACACUUCAACUACGAAGAAGGUUAGUUCGUAUUUGCCACAAUGCAAGAGAAAGAAGGCGACGGAGAUCGUGACAGCGCAGCUUUACGGGUCGUAUUCACGGGGGUGGCAGCAUAUAACUCCGGUGUUUAAAAGAGAAGGAUCGGUGAAAAGUAACGGGAUCAAGGUCGGUGGGCGGAAGAAGAAUGCGACGAGGAGGAAGAUGAAGAAGAAGAAGACGAAGAAGGUGGAGGAGAGAAGAGGAAUGAGUAAGUUGAUGAAUUGGUGGAAGAGGAUUUUAAAGACGGUGGUGUUUGCUUGCAGGGAGUGUCAUGCAAUGGAGCCUCAGAUACAACUUGUGAAUCAUCAUGCUGAUGUGAAAAGGAAGAUUAUUAAAUGUCCAUAAUCAAAAUUUCAAUGUUCUUUUUUUAAUCUAUAUCUGAUUGUUUGGGUUUUUCUGCUAAUUAAUUAUA